AUGGAUAGGCGGCUCGAUUGGGUUAAUAGGGACUUCCAUUUUGACUCAGACGCCAUCACCGGGACGGUACCGCCACGCAAUCCCUCCUCGAUAUGCUAUGCAACACCAGGUAAUUACUGUUUUAAGAUCAUCCCACGCGACGGCCAAGGAACGUAUCAGCACUCGGUCUUAGGUGCAAGAUGCCGAAAUCCGAUGUUGAAUGCCAAAUGCGAGACGCCCCAGCGUGAUGGCGAUUCCCGUCACACCGAUGCCCUAAGUUUCGCCUUGUUCUUUUUCCUCUCCUCGAGGUUCUCAGACAACUUCCGCACAGCAUGCUCGCCGUUGUCUACGGACGUGCGUCAAAUGAAGGUCGCACUUCUAUCGAUGUCGCAUGAAUACUUCACGGCAUGCAUGGUCGUAGAAAGCACUGAAAAAAAUGUCGUUAAGUGCGUACAUCGUGUGGUGCCACCGAGCCUUCAUGCGGUGUAA